UUCUAGGCACCGGUUGGCCUUCGUCAGUGGCCGGCGCGGCCGAGCGUCGUUGUCGCUCCAGCCGAAGGAUUGACGGCGGCACCGGCGCGGCCGCGACCUCACAAGAUGGCGGAGGCCUCGGCGGCAGCGGCGGCCGCCGUCUCUCAGCACCGCUUCUUCUGCCACAGCUGCAAGGGGGAGGUCAACCCCAAGCUGCCGGAGUACACGUGCCCCAGAUGUGAUUCCGGCUUUAUUGAAGAAGUGACAGAUGAUUCCAGUUUUCUAGAAGGCGGCGGCGGCGGGAUCGACGACAGCCCUUCCACCCCAUUUGCGGAGUUCUGGGACCAGCUGGAUCGCUCGAUGGUCUUUCCGUUCCUGAGCAGCUCUCUGGACCAUGACGGCAGAGACAGCGAAAGGGGCCACCAGGCCCACGCGGACUUCUGGGGGCCGAGCAGGCCCCCGCGGCUGCCCAUGACGCUGCGGAACAGGCCCCGGUUCACCACACGGCCCAGCCGGUCGCCUGCCAUUGAAGGAAUAAUACAGCAGUUCUUUGCCGGCCUGUUAGCGAAUUCGACAGUUCCGGGCUCCCCGCCUCCCCCUUUCUCUUGGGGUGGCAUGUUGCACUCGAGUCCUGGGGACUACGCCUGGGGACAGAGCGGCCUGGAUGCUGUUGUCACACAGCUUCUGGGACAGUUGGAAAGCACGGGACCCCCCCCGGCAGACAGAGAAAAGAUUUCUUCUCUCCCGACAGUGACCAUCACUCAGGAGCAAGUGGAUACAGGCCUGGAGUGCCCUGUGUGCAAGGACGACUACGCGGUCGCGGAGCAGGUCCGGCAGCUCCCGUGCAACCACGUCUUCCACAGCGGCUGCAUCGUGCCCUGGCUGGAGCUGCACGACACGUGCCCCGUGUGCCGGAAGAGCUUAAGUGGCGAGGAUUCCACUCGGCAAGUGCCCAGCCCGGAGGCCUCCACGAGCCACUCCUUCAGCAGCCCAGGCAACCUCCACGACCGAUGGACUUUCUGAAGCCGCCCUGGGGCCGUGGGGCAGGGGGCGGGCGGGCGGGCGGGCAGGGGCCGCACAGGCCGGUAGUAUUCCUUACUGCGGAUGUAAAUUGUACAAAUCUAAACUACAAAACCACGUAGCGCGAAGAAAGAGGAGAGCUGCCACGAGCAGCGGAGCCACGCUCCCCGCCCACCACCGGCCCGUGGGGCCACCUUUCCAAAACCGCAUCCUCCUCCCACCCGAGGCCCCCACGGCAUCCAAGCGGCCUCUCUGAUCCUUAACUUCCCAAGUGAGCUGUUUAGAGUUUUGAAAGGGGGCUGGCGGGGACAGGACGGGAGGCAGUUCCUAAAAGUGCGUGGAUUCUCUUCCAGUACAAGGCGAGGCCCCAUCCUCACGGGACGGGGGCUCUGCCCAGGCAGCCUUCCACUUCUGGGAGCGAGGGAGGAGGGGGCACCAAAACUCUGAGUCCGCUUUGAACAAGGGAGUGGGGAGGAGCCGAGGGCAUUCACGGAAAUGCUGCCCCUUCCGCUCUCCCGCAGGGUGGCUGAUGUGCACCGUCCCUCCUGCAGCCCAGGACUGCUGGGAUUGUGGCUGAAUUUUCUUUCAACUAGCUUGACAGAGUCUCUGCUUCUGAUGUCUCAACUCCUGGGAAACUCCUGUUUUCCUGGGAAGGAGGGCAGAUAGUUUGGCGAGGAGGAGGAAGAGGAAAAGGAGGCAGAACCUGGCUCAAGGAAAGCCUCUAGUGAAAUGUCGUUUCCCUGCUCUCAUCCCAUGGUAGAGUUCGAACCAAAAUUCUCUCUGUCACUUAAGACUCAUUUUGCUGCCUUGUUACUCAAAUGGACCACAUUUAAUUUAUCUUUCAAAGCAAGGACUGUGUUUUUUUGCAGGCUGUUCUUCAGUAUUUAAAAUGACAUGUCAUCCUUUGAUACCAUACAAAUUGCUUUUUUGUUGCGUGUUUUCCUUUAAAGUUUUCUUUUUCUGGAAACUUUCUACAUCUGCAUUCUUUUUUCCCUUGGCUUUUAACUUCUGAAUCAUGUCUGAGCUCAGAACUUCUGUGUCACACACCAGUCGCCCAAACGCCUCUCAUCCGGAACCGGAGAGGGGUCUGACUUAGAUGACAGAAAAGCGGGAGGAGAAGCAGGUGAGGAAAACAGGGCCCGACCCCCAGAAAGAGUGUGUAAAAGGCCCGUUGCCACGGCAUUGCCGCCGCAGUGUACCAGGUACACGCGAUUUCAGACUUCGUCCCUUCUGUUUGCUAUAAAACGUUGAAUAAAAGUCUUUAAUAAGAA